AUCUAUUAGAAAAGGCAAAAAAAAAAAAAACAAAAAAAAAACAAAAAAAAACGAAAAAAAGAUAAACAGUUCAGAAAAAUGUGUGGAUUUACGUUUAUACCCCCACUGCUGUUGUUAUUGUUAGGUGAUUGUUUGUCGUUAGUGUACGGCGUGCCGUUAUUCGAAACUGCCCUUAAGUAUCAUCAUCAUCAUCGCCCUAAGGAUGAAUCAGCUGUUUCUGAGGAUACGGUGUACAAUUAUUUGAUGGAGUUUGAUUACCUACCGAAAUCAGACAUAGAAACGGGGGCAUUGCGCACCGAAGAACAGCUUAAGGAAGCCAUUAGAAAUCUACAGCGUUUUGGCAACAUUCCAGUGACCGGCGAAAUAGAUGCCGCCACACGCAAACUUAUUCGUAAGCCACGUUGCGGUGUAGGCGAUAGUAAUCAAACGACAACAUUCUCACCGGAUAAUUUGCAUCAUAGUCAUCGCAUCAAACGUUACGUACUGCAAGGACCUAAAUGGGAUAAAACAGAUUUAACAUGGAGUUUAGUUAAUCAAUCGAUGACUGAUGCUGGACAAGUUCGCUUAAUAUUACGUAAAGCUUUGAGUGUAUGGGAACGUAGCUCUAAAUUGACAUUUCGUGAAGUGUAUAGCGAUCAGGCGGAUAUACAAGUGCUCUUUGCCAGACGUGAUCACGGCGAUGGCUAUAAAUUUGACGGUCCUGGACAAAUUUUAGCACAUGCCUUCUAUCCGGGCGUUGGACGGGGAGGUGAUGCUCAUUUCGAUGACGACGAGAAUUGGUCUUUCGGUGCCAGCAAUACAGAAGAGGGCACAAACUUUAUGGGUGUAGCUGUUCAUGAGUUUGGUCAUUCUUUAGGUUUGGGUCAUUCAUCCGAUCAAAAUGCUAUCAUGUACCCCUGGUAUCAGGGCUAUGAGGUAGAUGUUAAUUUACCCGACGAUGAUCGUUUGGCGAUACAAGAGCUAUACGGUUCAAAAGUAAAAGCAUGGGGUCCUUAUAAGCCACAGCCAAGGCCAACUACUACUACAACUACGACGACAACAACGACAACGACGACAACUACAACCACUGCGCGUCCUUUGGUAUAUUAUCCGCAGCAACGUCAGUAUCCCGAUUACCGUCACAAUUAUCCACCAUAUCCAUCAUACCCGAAUGAACCCUACGAUCCAAGACGCACUGGAUCCCGUCACCAUCAUCAUCAGCAGCAACAUCAAACGCAAAGGCCGUAUUAUCCGGAAGCACCUGUUGCCACCAGUACGACAAGGCGGCCAAGGCCACGCACUGAAGCACCACAACGUAACCCCUAUAGGCCUACCAAAACCUGGCAACAUCAUUACAAUAUAUAUCCAACCAAACCACGUAAACUAAAACCGGAUAAUUGUCUAACUACGUACGACGCCAUCUCCAUGAUAAGAAGAGAACUAUUCAUAUUUCGCGGCCAGUUCCUGUGGCGUAUUGGUGAACGUGGUUUAUACCCUGGAUAUCCGACAGAGACUCGCCGUUUGUGGACUUCGUUGCCUGAAAACUUUGUAAAAAUUGAUGCUGUUUUUGAAAAUCGUGAACGGAAAAUUGUAUUUUUCAUAGGACGUUUAUACUACGUUUUCGAUUCGGUAACUUUGGUAAGAGGCUAUCCACAACCUCUUACAUCGCUUGGUUUGCCGCAUAGUCUGACUUCGAUUGAUGCCGCUUUCGUAUGGGGCCACAAUAACCGCACUUAUCUAUUUAGUGGGACUUUGUAUUGGCGUCUAGAUGACGAUACCGGCCGCGUUGAAUUGGAUUAUCCUCGAGAUCUUUCAAUAUGGGCUGGCAUUGGCUAUAAUAUUGAUGCCGCCUUCCAGUACACAAAUCGCAAAACUUACUUCUUUAAGGGUCUGGGCUAUUGGGAAUUUAAUGAUGACUUGAUGCGUGUAGCUCAUACCAAACCUAAGUUAUCAGCUCGCAAAUGGAUGAAUUGCCCGCGGCGGGCUAAUGAUGUCGAUGAAGAACAAACGUGGACAGCACCAUUAAUAUCAGAACAUAAUGACACCGAUACGAACACAACGGCGCUAGCUUCAAAGCGAGCCUCAUCAACAUUCUUAAUCCUAAUAAGUUGUUUUAUUGUAUUAUUACAAGAGUUUUACGGUGGUUGUGCAAUACGAAGAUAAGUUUAAUAUUUUGUACGCAAUAUAAAAGAAGGAGAAACAUUUAGCUAUAUAAAUUAUAAUAUAUAUAUAUGAAUAUA